AUGAGCAGCAGCCCAUAUCACGCUGACUACAUCUCUCAGCCCCAGGAGCUUGAACCAUGGGAACAGGACUCCCAAUAUGCGCCUACCCCUGGAUGCUUCCGAAGCCCUUAUGCUACGCGAUCUGCUUGUAGUCCUUCCCCAUCUGUACUGCUCGACAAUGAGCUCAGCCCCGCACGCCGAUCUCGACAAGAUACUCUACCAUUGCUCCAGGAAUUCGAAUGGGAAGAAGGCAAGACCUACGACGAAUAUCCACCAAGCUGUAUCCACUACUUCAUAGAGUGGCGGGUCGCCCUCAACAACAAAGCCGUGGUGAAGGACACAGAAGAAGACUUGGUAUUGGCCCCAAGCGCCUACUGGCGGUUAUUCCUGGAACGGAAGCUGCAGUCUGUCGUAGGAGAGAAAGUCUCCCGCAACAAGAGGGUCAGGAUUGAUGACACGGCGAUUAUCGUGUCAGUCAACGAUCGGUCCCAGCGUGAUCUAACUAAGCGCUUUAACAAGACCGACAUUGUCUGGACACCAAUCGAGAAACAACUCCGAAUGUGGUCUAGUCACUUUUGCCGUGGCAAGAGACUCACGCUGAGGGUGUGUUUCAAUUAUAUCGAGGAUUGCAAUUCCCUGUCUGCUGGACGGAAAGGGGAGAAGAGAGGGAAAUCUUCUGUCACGAAGAGGAUGCUCGAAGAUCGAGAUGCACAGCUAGAUGCUGAAGAAAAUGCAUGUGGUCAGCAAGCAAUUUGGCGCCGCGUUUAUGACUUGAUGAAAUGUGAUUCAGCUGCAUGCCACCUAGGCCCUUACUGCUGGCUGGAUCCGGUAGGAAAGAAGCAUUAUCAACUCCGCACACAAACUCUCAAGCGACUGGUCACCUACGCCGAGAAAGGUGGCGUUCUGGAGACGCACAAAGAUGUUCCUGAUGAGAUCCGGGAUGACAUAUACAUGGACGAGCAGCAGAGGCAAGAUAAAGACAAGCGCAAAGCCAGUAACAUGCUGGGAAGCGGAACGCCAUACCCACCUAUCAACAUCAAUGUUCUUCCGUCCCACCUCACUGGUCUGGACGUAACGGCUCCCAAGCGGUCUGAUGGUUCGGCGAACCCGAAAGAUGUGGGUCCCCUGAAUAUCCCAGGGUACAGAGACGUAGCCGUCAAAGAAUACGGUGAGUGGCUCGCAUCAAGUGUAUCCGAUGAUACUCUCAAAGCUGCAUUCCGGCAAGCGUGCGACGUAGCGUUGUCAGAUGGCUUUGACCUUGAGCAUAUCUACAAGGAUCAAAACCCAGAAUUCUUCGUCGGCAAGGGAAUCAAACCCGGAAUUGCCAGAAGUUUCGUAGAGAAUAUUCGUGAAUGGGUUGAAAACGUGAAAAAAGCGAUGCCCGUUCCUGGGUCGAUAUAG